CAAGGCUCCAUUUUCUUCCUAAUCCUUUUGUGAUUGGACGCACGUGGUCACACACGCAUGCACGACACACACACACACACACACACACACACACACACACACACACACACACACACAUUACCUAUGUCAUAAAUGUGGCAGUGCUGGCAGCCCAUUUGGAUCCCAAGAGGCAGCCUGAGCCUUGUCUGAGGGGGAUGCUGGGAGGAAUGUAUUAGGGGGUUGGAAGGGAGGGAGGUGGCACAGGGGGGUGGGGCCUGGAGGCAGCGUCGGGCGGGUUAUGAGCAGCUGCCUGUCUGUAAAGACAGUGGGCGACGCUGCAGCAGCCAGGAGCACAGCUCUCCGGUUACAGUACCUGUCCAUUAAACCAGGCCCCUCGUCCCACUCUUUCCCCUCCACAUGCCUCCCAAGGUCCCUCGGCACGCCCACAAACCGCACAGGCAACGAAAGCUGCGGCUAUGGGGCCACAACCCCACAAACAAGGGGUAAACAAGGGGAUCUUUUUGAUGUCUGCUGCCCGACAUUGAGGGUCAGAGAUCCAAAUAGGAUUGGGUGCUGCUGGGUGGUACGGGUCGGUGUGUAGGGUUGUCAGGUGGUGGUGGUGGUGGUGGUGGUGGUGGCAAAUAGAGAGACCCCAGAGUGAGCUGGGCUCCUAAAAGCAACGGCCAGGAUGCAAUGACCAUCCCAUUUAUUGGUUUAUGUUAUUACUGCAUACCAAAUACUGUUAUAAACGAUUAGUAUUUCUAUAUACAUUGAUGAUAAUAAUAACAGUAUUGGUAGUUAAAAUUAUAUCAUGUAUAAGCAGGCAGUGUGUUGUUUUUUACCCAGACCCUUGUUGUCAACCUUGUACCCACCACGGCACACCACCCAGUUGAUCUCCUCGUUAAAAUAUCUUGCAUACCGUAUGACAUUCAGGAGCCGAUGAAGGACUCUGAGAGAGCAGAGCGAAGGACAGUUUAUGGCGGAUUUCUUUACUGCACAGUUUGGCACACCCCUUUUUUUCAUUUUUUUUACUGGGAGAGGAGAAGGCUUAACAGUUCAGAAACUAGUAAUAAGCGCCAUGUGAACUAUACAGGUCCUUAAAAUGAGCUCUCAGAUUCUGUUUACAAGACCAGUGCCUUUUAAGAGUCUGUCUUUUCCAACGGCGGAAAGUCAAAUUGCCCUGCUCUUAAUUAUUGUCAGGGUGCAUGAUUUUUUAUGAGGACCAGUCACAAUGCGAUACACCCGACCAUUUUAUUUUGACUCUUAUUAAAAGAGAGCGGUUGGUUCAGUUCAUUUAUUUAUUUAUUUAUUUACGUUGUCGUGUAUUUGUUUGUUUAUUUAUGUUUUUGUUUAUGUAUAUGCAUACGAGGUUGACUUUUGGGCACGUUGAAAACAUGAAUGCGGCUUUGCGGUUUAGCAGCCAGCUUUUCUUGCUAUGAGGUGUAAGCUUUGGCAGUGUGGGUGAGCAUGGUGCUCCGUAGACCUGUAGCCAGUAGGUGGUGGUAGUAACACUAGUAUGAAUCAGACUCCUGUACUGGCCAAUGAUGUGUUUGUCUAGGAUCUUGGCUCAGUAACCAGGGGAAGGGAGAGGGGGAGAAAUGGAAGGAGGGGCCUUUGGUGCACUGUGCUUCCUGUUAGUAGGCACUGGGGAACUCGGGCCUUUACAGAAAUGACAUGCUGCUGACACUGAGCAGCUCAGUAUAGCUGGAUCUUAUUGUAAAAGCUUGGCUAGCAAUGUGUUUGACUUGAAGCACAAUUUACAAUCAAUGUAGAAAGCCGUCCCAAUGAAACCAUAUGUUUGAUGGAACCAUACUUUGUUAUUACAAGGAUUUAUAGUCCGUGCAGUACAUCCCACUCAAAUCUGGAUGAUUGGAGAAAACAUUUCAAUAUUGUGAAUGGAAAUUCAGUUAAACUUGGCGUUAGCAGGGCACUGUUUAGUCAGGGAUGGUCAGUGUUUAGUCAGGGAUGGUCAGUGUUUAGUCAGUGAUUGUCAGUGUUUCGUCAGGGAUGGUCAGUGUUUAGUCAUAGAUGGUCAGUGUUUAGUCAGAGAUGGUCAGUGUUUAGUCAGAGAUGGUCAGUGUUUAGUCAGAGAUGGUCAGUGUUUAGUCAGGGAUGGUCAGUGUUUAGUCAGAGAUGGUCAGUGUUUAGUCAAAGACGGUGAGUGUUUAGUCAGGGAUGGUCAGUGUUUAGUCAGGGAUGGUCAGGGUUUCGUCAGGGAUGGUCAGUGUUUAGUCAGCGAUGGUCAGUGUUUCGUCAGGGAUGGUCAGUGUUUAGUCAGGGAUGGUCAGUGUUUAGUCAGGGAUGGUCAGUGUUUCGUCAGGGAUGGUCAGUGUUUAGUCAGGGAUGGUCAGUGUUUAGUCAGAGAUGGUCAGUGUUUAGUCAGAGAUGGUCAGUGUUUAGUCAGGGAUGGUCAGUGUUUAGUCAGGGAUGGUCAGUGUUUAGUCAAAGACGGUGAGUGUUUAGUCAGGGAUGGUCAGGGUUUCGUCAGGGAUGGUCAGGGUUUCGUCAGGGAUGGUCAGGGUUUAGUCAGGGAUGGUCAGUGUUUCGUCAGGGAUGGUCAGUGUUUAGUCAGGGAUGGUCAGUGUUUAGUCAGGGAUGGUCAGUGUUUCGUCAGGGAUGGUCAGUGUUUCGUCAGGGAUGGUCAGUGUUUAGUCAGGGAUGGUCAGUGUUUCGUCAGCGAUGGUCAGUGUUUUGUCAGGGAUGGUCAGUGUUUCGUCAGGGAUGGUCAGUGUUUAGUCAGGGAUGGUCAGUGUUUCGUCAGGGAUGGUCAGUGUUUCGUCAGGGAUGGUCAGAAUGCACCUAUCUGCCCCUCGGUCUGCCUGUUUCUUCUCUUUCAGAUGACUGUGGAUCAACCUGACCAACUGCAAGUUUGAGAGCGGUCCUCUUCGACGCAGUCCCUAUCUCGCACACUGGCCUCUUUCAUGCACCAGACCAACUACACCAUUAACAAACAAAGUGAGAACUUUGUCUGGGACGAGAACGCUGGCAGUGAAAGGAAGUUGUCCACGCUGACCCGUCUCCUGGAGAUGAUGCGUUGUGACACGGGGAAGCUGUGGGCCGACAUCGAGGAUGUGGCGAUCGAGGCUCUGGUCUCAGCCCACUCGGUGCUCCGCCACAGCUACCACAUCUGCUUCCCGCACCAGGCCACCUCCUACAAUGCCACCGGGGCCUACUUCCAGAUCCUGGGCUUCCACGUGCUCAUCAACCACCGCCUCAAGCCCUGGCUGAUCGAGAGAGGUGAAGGACAGGCUGCUGUAUGACACAAUGGUGCUGAUUAAUCUGGGGACCUGUGACCGACGCAAAGCCACCGAGGAAGAGGCGCAGGAUCAGAGACUGGCUGCAGCACGUCCGCUCCAAGGAGACAAGAGAGCAGUUGCAGGAGUCGCAUGAGAAACAGAGCCAGAGGAGGUGUCAGAGACUGGGCCUGCUGGGGGAGUCUGCGGGAGAGAAGGGUAAAAUCCACCAAGUUCCCUUCUGCCCCGUCCAUCCCGAUGGGGCUGCAGCUGAGAGCCAGCCUGCUCAGAGACCUGGGCAUCGUAGACCAGGUGUACCAGCUCCUCAAGGGAACGCCCUCCUAUAAAGACGUCACAGUGCCACCUGUUGUCAAGACUGACUCACAGCAAUACAUAAGCAACAUGGCUGCCAAGCUGGAGUCGUAGGGUGACCGCUGCAGUGCGACCAAAGGAGCCCUCUGUACUGUCUGAGUGUCAUCCUCCCGGGACUGUUCUCUCUUAGCCCUAUUGGCCCUGGCGGGACCAAGACUGGCACCCCCAGGGGCUGGGCCACAGUGUCUCCACCAUGCCUCUCCAGGGCAUGUGCCCAAAUUGGGAGUGAAGUGCACCGAUUCGGAGUGAACCCAUCAGUGCCUCUCUGGGUAGGCUGGGUAACAACAACAGCAGCUUUGCUGAAAUGCACAUGCAGGGCUCUCCCCCUAUCACCCUGAGGCUGCCCCACACCAGGCUGCCCCUCUCUCAGGUAUGUCAAGGACCCAGCGCUCCCCAGGCCUCUACACCAUCUCUAAGCUAGCCCCUAUGACCAAGCGGCCAAUACACAUCAUGGCCCUGUCACAGAACAGCAGGUAGAAAAUCAGCUAAUGACAUAUAAGAUUGUUUGUGGUAACAAAUGUCACCUCUCAUGAGGUUUUGGGCAAAUGGGUAAUACAAGGUGGGUGAAAUAAGAUUUUCUCACACCUGUUGGGGAAAGCACAGCAGCUGUCUUUGUCUUUCGGCCCGUGACCUAAUGUGGAUGCAGCACAGGGAUCUCACUCCAGCAGCCCACUUCCGGCUGCCGCAGCUCUCCGGCGAACACUUUGUGGCGUCGUACGGAGUGAUGGAGAUAUACCAGGCUACAGACGAGACCGUGGUCAACCGCUGUGAUUAGGCCAUCGACCACCAUCACUCCAGGGACCUGGUGAAAGAAGAAGCUAUGGACGUAAGACUGCUGACUCUUCCGUGAACAAGCCAAACCAGCCGAUCUGAGACUCGUUGAGACUGUGUGUUGUACAGGUCAACAUAACUACAGGCAUGCUGACAGUUAUUUUUACUCUGCCAAGAUGAUGUUGUCCAGAAGAGAAUGUGGUUGGAUCAUUGGUUCAUCUAUCAAGCAUCAUCAAGAGACGUUACUCCUCAGUCUGACCAAUUCCACCAGAGACACAGCAAUUUACUCUCUGUGACGUUUUCAAUCAAAUAAACAAAAAUGUCGAAACAUCUAAAUCAAUAUCUGUUACUACUCGUUCAUGUUUUACAGAGCGCUGUUUUGAAAUGUUCAGGUGGGUACGUAAUUUCAACUCGGAAGUAGCAGGUGCUUACGCUCAGGUUGUAACUUGUCCUGCUGUCUGAAGCGCUGAUGGUUAUCCACCGCAGUAUUUAUAUCCCAUUUGUGGAGCUGGCUGGCUGGCUGGCUGGCUGGCUGGCUGGCUGGCUGGCUGUGAGGGUUAGUGGGAAACACAAGGGGAAGCAUUUUAAAAAUAAGAUGUCUGGUAGCUGAAGGCUAAAAAGGUAGGCCUCCAUUUGGAAACAUUACAUUGAGCGUAGUUAUGGUUAGUUGUUAAACACAAUCCAGCAGCUUUUUGUGAAUAAAUCUCUGUCAAGUCACAUAGUUGUCAUUAACAAUAUCAAGUCUAUUUCAAAGUACUUAUAAAUGCAUCAUUUGGGGGGGGGGGGGUUACAAAGUAUACCUUAUUAACUUGAUGCCAUUUCAAGAACUUGUUUAAGGUCUGUGAACCGAUCUCUUACUAUAAGCUGCAUGUGGAAAUAAAGGUAUUGAAGUCUAGUUGCAGAGCAUUGGGGCUGUUGAUGCCAUUAAGACAAGAGAAAGAGAUAGAGGCUACGUUAGCAUGUCGUUAGCAUGUCGUUAGCAUGUCCAGCAGGAGGAUGUUGUAAAUAUCACACAGUGGCGUUCCCCAGACACAGGCAGAAACGCCGGGCGGGAAGCAGAGAUUUUACUGUCUGCUCUGCUUUCGCUGCUUGGCUUGCCCAUAGUUCUCUAGUUAGAGAGUCUUCCUUUCCAGUGUCUGUCUGAUCUUAUUACCCAUGCAGACUUCCAGAGGGAAAGAGAUUCCCCUCUGUCUGUUCCCAUCUAGUGUUUCCAUGGCAUUUACAGAGGCCGUUCCCUAUCGCUUCAUUCCUUCAUUCGUCAGUCACUGUUCAUAUGAAAGACAAAAGCUCUUUGAGCUCAGAACUCUGAGAUUGUUCUUUUGAAUUGGAGAUUGUGCUUUGAAUCCUGAGGGAUUGUGCUGGUCUGGAGUAGCAUUGGUCAAGGCGGUGGUAGGGGAUUGUGAUUCAGACAACAGGUUUUUACUUGUAUCUUACGCCAGCUACGCUGCAGAGGACAGACUGGCCAUAAUGCGUAAGGGUGGUGAUUGAGAGACCUUGUACAUCAUUGCUACUGUGACCGACAUGGAUACGACCGCAAUUCUCCAUCCCCUUUGGUCCCUAUAAAAGCUUACACCAUUCCAGCUGGUUGCGCCUCUCACAAGCGAUUUUAAUGACGCUAAAUUGCUAACUAAUUUAUGCAACAAUAAACCGCAUACAAAUGUAUUCAGUCAUUUCAUCCGAGGGCACGAUGACCACUCAUGACGACACACGAUUUACCAUUUGUAAUACAAUGUUGUCAUUGCAACAACUUUUUAUUUGAGUUCCUUUCCCAAUGCUGAUACUAUUGUGUUAUAUCAUCUGUCCUCGACAGUCUCGGCAGCCAGUCAUAUUUAGUCAGGCAAACGCGUGAUCACAACGGAGCUGUAGAGAUGAACCCUAGACAGAAGAGCCUUCACAAAUGGCUGCUCUUCCCCUUGGUGUCCCGCCAACAUAAGCUGUAUUCAGACAGACUAAUCUCUCCCUAUACUUUGUUAAGCACCUGUGCAGGUGUGGAGACCACAGGGUAAUCUAAGCCACUGCAGGCACUUAGAAAUCAUCUGCCCAGUCAUUAUGAGCGCUUAGAUAAAAGCAAUCAAUCUAGACUGAUUUCAUUUGAGACGAACGUAGGGUUAAAAAAAAUGUCCAUUGAACUUCAUUCGGUUACCUUAAUACACCCCAAAAUGUACCCUACAGUAGCAAGCACUUAUAGUGCUGCAGUUAUUGGUUUGUUUUUGUUCUUUAAGUGCCAUAUUGAUUUUUCAGUGACCUGUCUCCAUAUCACUGUAAAAGUUCUUGCUUCCAAAAAGACGUGCCGUAAAACAUUGUUACACAUACUGUAAUAUAUUCUAGACCGCUCCUGUAGGUAAAUCAUUAAAGUCGUGUUUGAUCUACAUUUGAGAAGGGUGACCUCGCCAAGUUUUAAGACUUGCGAAGUAGGAUUAUCCUCUGUUUUCCAGUAGCCCGGUUUAUCACCUUUUCAAGAGAUGACAGACUUGCAAAGAAAGGGUUGUAUGGACACUCAGUGUUUGGGACUACAGUAUAGAAAGAAAGGUAGUAUGAUGUUCUGUUCUUCUUCUUGAUAACAGCACAGGUUAGAGUUGGAGCAGAGUGUGUUGUCCUGAUGGUCAACUUGGUAAACCAGACUUCCAGUCUGAUUAUCAGAGCUGUUCUUAAUUGGUUGGUUUUGUGUCUGUCUCAGAGGAGGGCGAACUCUUCCAUCCAUUUUUUCUGUUUUACAACGUUAACAGAGCUUCAUUACAAACAUUGUUUUGCGGAUUUCUGUCCAGAACAUUUUAUGACCACUCCACUAACAAUUUACAAGAUGUGGAGGGUUGUUGUGCUUUGCUGUUUCACAUAAUGGCACACAGCUGCGACCAUGUCCAGCAGAAGGCUAUUCAUUUGUUUUCAGCUUCAAUGAGAGGUGGAUAUUUUGAUAUUGUUUUAUUCCCGGACCUACAGUAUAAUAUUACUUUGAUUAUGGCAUACAUCAGUGAGGGCUUCUAUUCGUCAUUUUAACCAUUAUGUACAUUGCUUUGCCCUUUUUUUUUAAAUCUGUCCAUCGUUGACCUGCCAUCUCUUAUCUGUUGAUGUUUUGGCCUGUACUAUAAUUUCUCUAUUUUUAGCCUGGUAAAAACAUGCAGUCUCUGUAUGUGUAAUACAAUCUAUAAUAACAGGGCACCUGAACGUCAAUAAAUAGCAAUAAUGUAAUUGAUAGCCUCUGUGUCUACAGUCUGUCUGGGAUUACUGCUGAAUCAGACAAAGAACUACUUACAGUAAUCUAAACAAGUCUAACUGUCACGCUUGCACCCGCUCCCCCUCUCUGGCGCUCGAGGGCGCCAGGCUGCCCAUCAAUACGCACACCUGUCACCAUCGUUACGUGCAUCAACGCUUCAUAGGACUCACCCGUACUCCUUCAAUUUGUUGAUUGCCCCCCCCCAGUCUGUUCCUCAGUUUGAUCCCCGUGUCAGCAUUAAUGUCGUUUUGUUUCCCCUGUCCAGAUGCUGUCCGUGUUCUGUUUCACGUCCCCUGUUUAUUAAAUGUUCACUCCCUGUACUUGCUUCUCGUCUCCCAGCGUCUGUCUUUACAGAAUGCUGACACCCAUAUUGGAAGCAUCAGGAAGUUUUGUUUUUUGUUUUGGUUGGUGACGUCGGGUCCGGGUGCUGCUGCCGAAGGAACCGGGGGUGCCUCAGCUGGCUCGUCAGGCUUCCACGCCUUAGCUGGCUCGAGAGGUUUCCUUGCCUCGGUUGGCUCUGCAGGCUCCCACCCCACGUCAUGCCUCAGCUGGCUCGUUGGGCUCCCACGCCUUAGCCAGCUUGUCGGGCUCCCACGCCUCAGCCGGCUCCCAUGCCUCGGCCAGCCCGUCAGGCUCAUCCUGGGGGGGGGGGGGGGGGGUACUGUCACGCCUGCUCCCCCUCUCUGGCGCUCAAGGGCGCCAGGCUGCCCAUCAAUACGCACACCUGUCACCAUCAUUACGGGCAUCAGCGCUUCAGUGGACUCACCUCGACUCCUUCACUUUGUUGAUUGCCCCCUCUAUAUCUGUCUUUUACUCAGUUUGAUCCCUGUGUCAGCAUUA